GUGAGUGUGGUCCUGAUGCUGGGACUCGUGUGCGCGCAUUACAUCACUUCUCUCCCACAUGAUUGGCUGCUUGUCAACUCCUCCGCCCGCCGUCCAGCAUCCUCGGCAGCGCUGUUUCUAAAUCAACUUCCCCAUCAUCAUCAUCAUCAUCACCACCACCACCAACACCUUCACGAUUGAUUUACUAUUUUGAAAAAACAGUUCGCGUGGGAGUGCUCGUUUCACUUGUUCGUGCACUGGCGGCUCGUUUCGAGGAUGGCCGAGAGCGAGGCAGACACGCCGAGCACGCCGAUUGAGUUUGAGAGCAAAUACUUCGAGUUUGAUGGAGUGCGGCUGCCGCCCUUCUGCAGGGGGAAGAUGGAGGAGAUCGCCAACUUCUCCCUCAGAAGUAGCGACAUUUGGAUUGUCACCUACCCAAAGUCAGGCACCAGUCUACUUCAGGAGAUUGUGUAUCUUGUGAGUCAGGGAGCAGACCCAGAUGAGAUUGGCCUUAUGAACAUCGAUGAACAGCUUCCUGUCUUGGAGUACCCCCAACCUGGCCUGGACAUUAUACAGGAGCUGACCUCUCCUCGUCUGAUUAAAAGCCAUCUUCCCUAUCGGUUCCUCCCCACAGCCAUGCACAACGGAGAGGCCAAGGUGAUCUACAUGGCUCGUAACCCUAAGGACCUGGUGGUAUCCUACUACCAGUUCCACCGCAGCCUCAGGACCAUGAGCUACCGGGGAACCUUCCAGGAGUUCUGCCGCCGCUUCAUGCAUGACAAGCUGGGAUACGGUUCCUGGUUUGAUCACGUUCAGGAAUUUUGGGAACAUCGCAUGGACUCCAAUGUCCUCUUCUUAAAGUAUGAAGACAUGUACAAGGAUCUGGGCACGCUGGUGCAACAGUUAGCUCAGUUCCUGGGUGUUUCCUGUGACAAGGCUCAGCUGGAGGGCAUGGUGGAGAGCUGCAACCAGCUUAUCGAGCAGUGCAGCAACUCUGAGGCGUUGUCCAUCUGCAGGGGUCGUGCAGGUCUGUGGAAAGACGUAUUCACAGUGUCUAUGAAUGAGAAGUUUGACACGGUGUACAGACAGAAGAUGGGCAAGUCCGACCUGACCUUUGACUUCUGCAUGUGAGCAGCACCUGACCCUCCACCCCACUGAUCUACUCCAGUGCAAUCGACCAAACCCACGAUCCUAUAUCUCCGUAAAGUGAGAUAUUUAAGGGUACAGUGUGACAGCAGGAUUACAUUACAAGACUUUUCCCUUAAUGCAAUCUGUCUCAGUGAGUAAGUCUCGAAAAAUCACACCCUUGUGGACUGGUCAACAGAACUUAGUUGACAUUUCUCCAUCAAUAGUUAAACCAAACCUCCCUCAACCCCUACCUCCUGUGUAUAUGUGUACAUAUUAACCAGGGUUCGACCGAUAUAGGUUUUUGAAGGCAAAUGCCAAUACUUUCAACCUCAAGUAUUGGUCAACAUUUCCAUUCAAAUUCUCCAACAUAGUUCAUAAAAGGAAUUCAAGCUACAUGCAGAUAUUUGUGACUGAAUUACAUGGAAACGGCAAUAUGCCAGUACUGCCAUUCAAUGUUCUCAUGCAAUGGUAGUCUUGCUGUGAUAGUUAUCUAUUUUUCACUAGUUCAUAAAGAACUGGGUACGCUAAACAAAAAAAAGGGAUUUGUUUCCCACUUACAUAUAAAGGCAAAAGUAUUUGCAAUUUCGAAAGGCAGGAAAAAGUGUCUGGUUUCAUAGGGAGAUACGAAAGUUGUUCAAAUGGGGAUGAAGACCUCAGUUAGUCUGUAAGAACACUAGCAUGUAAGCGGAUACCAAUUGGAUUCUUGUGCUGAUCAGAAGGACAUCAUCACGUAUUUUGCGUAAGUGCUAAGGCUCUGCUAAUCGUUGGGGAACUACGUUGUGAAAUUCUUAUUUUUUGUAAAUAGGAGGAAAUAUGCGCCAGCUGCAUGCAGGUCUAUGAAUUCAACUACACUUUAAAGCAAAUAAUUAUAAUUAAAUAGUAAAAUGAUGAAUUCAUGUAAACAUGUCUAAGAAUUUAUUUUAAAUGGCAAUUUUUUUCAAUGCUUUAAAAGCAGUAGAUCAACAUUCCAGAUUUCCAGAGUACUGGAACAAACAACUCGUGAGCCUUAACAACUUUAUGAGUUUAUGUAGCUUGCGUGCCAUCAGUGGAGGGCUUUAGGCUGCCCUAGUUCACCCUCUGGAGACAACAAUAGAGGCCUGACUGCCUGUUAGAGAUCGGACAUAAUUCGGACUACUUAUUUGCAGUGUUGAUCAGCCACAAAUAUCUAUAGGUAGACUCAGGAUUCUCUCCGAUGUUUCUGGUUGUCAUGUGGACAAACCCUCUGAAACAUUUACAUCAUCUUGAGACAGUAAACCCCUCCAAAGGCUAAUGAAACCAUUGUAUUAGAGCUCAGCUGCUUUAUAGGUCAGGCCACACAUAAACACCUAUUCAUUGGUGAGGAAACCAGAAUACAAUACUGCUUGUAAGUAUGGAACUAACCUUCCUAGGCAACACCCACAAUGGCUGAAUAUGACCCAUACGGCCACCACCACCAGGUACAAAUAUGGUAAACCUAUUUUGACUUUAAUCAACUGCAGACAACAGACAACACUUUAAUCUGUUAAACCCACAUAUCGGUCUGACCCUGACACUGAGUGCAUUAGCAGUUUUCUUGAUGCAAAAGUUGCUCCAAGUCAGGUAGAAGAAUGGAAGGUAACUGUAAGAAAUGAAGCCAAACAUAUAAAAGAAGAAGCCUAUCACACCUAGCAAUCGGUUCAGCAGCUCAGUGUCACACAGCUGGGAGAUUUUUGUGUUAAAUGAUCCAUGUUUUUUUCCCCCUCAAAGUGCUGGAGGGUUUUUCAGCCUUCAUCGCAGAUUGUCAGUUAUUUCUGAACUUUACGUGUUUAUGGAUGAUUGCGAGUGUUUGAGAAAGAAAGAGGGAGGGAAACGGAGAGAGUUCAGUCGUGUCAGUGCUCAGUUAAGCUCAGCUAUUUAUGCUGAUUUAGAUGUUAAAUUCAAGGAUUCGUCUGAUCUUUAAAACCAAGUUAUGUAGCAUCAGUGGUUGUUAAAAAAUACAAUGGUAGGAUAUACCACUGAAUUUAAUGGGCUGAAAGCAAGAAAGAAAUCACAAAUGGGAAUAUAAUUUUUUAUGAAAAUUAUGAAAGAUUGCCUAAUGGAGUUACAUACAAGUUAUACAAGUAAUGUCUUAAGUCGAACACUUCACUCUUCAAUACUUUGCUGGUGAUUUAAACUGGCAUUUUGGGUACAAACAUGAUUAUUUUGAAAUGCAAACUGUUACACGUUUUUUCAUUAAUAUCAUGAAUGGUGGUUCAAAUGAGCAGUUGCUGCCUGGUUGGAGAUGCAGCUGUGCCAAACACGGAAAAUAAUAUCUAGCCUAAUGUCUCCAAGGUAUAAAGACAUAUUUUACACCCUCGCCUUAAUAUUUAAGGUCAGUGUGGAUGGAUUCUAAGAGGGGCCUUGAAAUUAUUGUUUUUUAAAAAAUGUAAUUUGUUUGCAUACAUGAACGAAGAAGUAAAGGAAAGCCUGUGAAGGAACGGUAGAAAGCUGAACAUGAAACUCAAGGCAACAUAAGCAGGAUAACAUUCAAUAAACUAGAAGUGUACUUGGAGAGCGCAGACCUCCGGCAAGGUCGUUUUUGCACCAUGAUUCAGAUCUAUUUAUGAAAAAGUAAUCUGAAUGUUUUCCCUACUGACAACCAGACAAACAAACCAACAAUAAACAUAACCUCCUUGGCUGAGGUACCACUAUUUUAAUAUACCUUGGUUUACACUUAGCCACAUAUUCGCACCUCUGUAAGACGACCUAUCACUUAGCACAAGAAGAACAUCAGCUAACUUUGGUGUAAUCAGUGCUUCAUCUGCCGUGAACAUGGGAAAGUACAGGCUCUUUAAAUAGGGAGUUACACUUGGGAAAAAUAAAGAGUAUGUAUAUCAUAUAAAGAUUGAUGAAUUCACACAGGUAUUAAAACAUCUCACACCACCUCCAAAUAGAUAUGAUACACCCAACACUCAUAAAGUGAAUAACUAAUAUUGUUUAUUUGGGGCUGUGGAAAGUUCGGUAAUCGGAAAAUCCUAUUCCUGUGUGAACCAUGCUACAUACUGUAUCCCACUGAGGGGUUGAAUAGUGUCCUCUUUCUCUGUUUUCUCACAAAUGUCAGGUUUUGGUAGCAGGAGAGAAGAGCAGAGUAUUAGCCCAUAACCAGCAUUACACUAUGUUUUGUAUUCUGCAACUUGACAGCAUCAAUAUCAGACUCUUUAACCCGAGGCAUCACUUAAAACCAGUCUAUCUCCUUUUCCCCAGUCCCUGUGCUCUACCGGACACUUGUGAAUGUCUUUAUUGUGUUGGUGUAAACGACAACCUCAGCACACACUCGUCACGCCGCCUCAUUUACGGCUGCUCAUUCUUUCCCUUUCAUUGUUCUUCCUUCUUCUCUGUCACUGUUUACAGCCAUUGGCAAGGCUUCAGCUGCCCAUCUCCACUUUAAUGGUUUGUUUGGGAUUUUAUACAUGCCUUUCUCUGUUUCCUGGGCGUUGUAUUUUACAUUCUUUGCUUGCUAUUUUAUUAAUAAAGUUGUGUCUUCAGGCAAUA